GACGCCCGAGAGGACCCCCCCGAUGACAUCCCAGGGGGGGCCUGUCACCAGGAGUAGAGCUACUCGGGCGUCCAGCGUACCGGCUGAGAAGAUCGCCACGGAGACGGGACCCCUGGCCCGGCCACCGGCCAGGGGUGUGCUGCGGGGGCCCCCAACGACAGGGAGGAAGGACCAAGGGGCCCAGCCGGCAAUUCCAUCCCGUGCCGGCACCGCAGCACGCGACCUCUUGGCCGCGUUGACGCCGCGGAGCACUCCGGGGGAGGCGGUGGGGUCGGUGCGGACACCGACCCCGCAACGAGGGUCCCCGCCUCCCCGGAUGACCCCCCCCACGCCAUCCACCAUCUACGGCGUGGUCAUGGGGGUCACAGCAACAACACCACCGCUGGUGCCCGCGGCGUCGGGAUCCGCCACUUUGACUACCUGCACGGUGACGACAUCAACGUGCGGGUCCCCCGUGAUGUCCACGGGGUACCCUGCGGGGAGGGGCGCAACACCAUCUCCACCAGCGCGCCCUUCCCCCCUCCCUACCAUCCGGGAGGUGUCGCCGUGCGAGGUGGUCCAGCGACCGGCGCGCCUUGCCCUCAGGAGAAGGAGGCCUCCACCACCACCAGCAGAGAGGCCUCAGGAGGAGCGGCGGUUGCCAGGAGGAGCGGCGCCGAGGACAACUCCCCCAACGCCAUCAUCGGGGGAGUCGGGGGACUCCGGUGGGCCGUGGAGGACAGUGGGGCGAAGAGCGAGGAGGCGGUGGAGCGGCGACUCCAGCGAAGGUGAUAGUCCGCCGCCGGCGGGGCUGCAGCGGACGCCCGGCCAUCCGCCACAAGUGCCGGCGAAUAAUUUAGGAACAGUGCCUAUUGUGCGGCCAUGCAGGGUCGUCCUGGAGCGGACCCUCGUCCGCUCCAUCAGGGAGGUGAGCGCGAGCAUCCCACAUCCGAGGACCAACGAGGAUGGAGCAACGGGAGAGCGUGCUGGACGGGACAACGCGGGACAUCCGAGUGCCCAAGUAAGUGUCCCUGGGGUGAUGGGUCGUCGGCGGGGUGAACCCGUAACCGGCGGCCCCGGAGCGAGCGGGCAGACACCGUCUGUCCAAAUUAGGGGCGGGGGCGGGGAGCAUCCCCGAGGCCCGCGGCGUGUGGCCGCUCCGCGCGGUCGGCCCUCCGGUGGCCAGCCUACCCCUGCGGCUGCUGCAAGGCAACGCAGGCGGGAACGCUUGGCUGUCCGUGACGGGCUGGUGGCGCGGGCGGAAACCGUCGCCUCGAUUGCUGACCUGGAGGAGUUGGCGGCCUUGGUCGCUAAUUACUUCGGGGAGGAUGCACCGGGUGUGGCUCGCGGGGGUGUUCCCGGCGUCCGCGAUCGCCCGGAUCGGUCGCGUGGGGCGCGAGCGCGUCGGGGUGCGGGGGGAGUGCCGGCGCGAGACGGCGACAGUCGGGGGCCGGUACCGGCCGGUCCCCAGGAGUCGGGAGAAGGACGCGGGGGCUGGGUACGCGAAGCUACGCGUCUCCAGGCCUUGUACAGGGCGAACCGUCGCAGGGCAGUUCGAGAAGUGCUGCAGGGGCCCGCUGAAUCGUGCCAGUUGCCGAAACAGCGGAUCCAGGCACACUUCGAAGAGCUGUAUAGCGGCGGUGAACUCCUGGACACGCCGGACGCUGAGGUGGAGCGGACUCAACCGCCGGCCGAGGGCGAGGGGUUCGAAUACCUGCUCGAUCCCUUCACGGAGAUAGAGGUGGACCGGCGGCUCCGGCGUAUGACUAAUUCUGCGCCGGGGCCCGACGGUGUCACUUACCGUGACCUCCGUGGAGCGGAUCCGGGUGUUCGGCUCCUCACCGCGUUUUACAACGCAUGCCUUCGGCACGAGACAGUUCCAGCGUCCUGGAAGACCUCCAACACCAUAUUGGUGUAUAAGAAAGGGGACCGCGAGAACAUCGAGAACUGGCGCCCUCUCGCGCUGGGGGACACGACCCCCAAACUUUUCGCGGCGCUCGUUGCCGAUCGUAUGACCGACUGGGCGAUCAAUAAUAACAUUUUAAGUCCGGCCCAGAAGGGAUUCCUGCGGGACGAGGGGUGCUAUGAGCACAACUUUGUCCUGCAGGAGAUCCUAACUGAGGCACGGAGGACAAGGCGGCAGGCGGUCGUCGCGUGGCUGGACCUAUCCAAUGCGUUUGGAUCGGUCCCGCACGCGGUGAUCCGCCGCGCUCUCGUUCGCUCCGGGGUGCCGGGGGGCAUCGUCAAUAUAUGGAACUCCAUGUAUGACGGAUGCACCACACGGGUUCGCGCCGCCGACGGACUCACUGCCCCAAUCCCUGUUCGCUCGGGGGUUCGGCAAGGUUGUCCGCUGAGCCCAAUAAUAUUUGACCUCGCUAUCGACUCGGUACUGCGUGCAGUCACCGAGGUUGAUGCGGGGUACGAUUUAUUGGGCUCUCGCGUCAGUAUUCUGGCGUAUGCGGACGACAUUGCACUCGUUGCCGAUACGCCUGAGGGAAUGCAGCGGCUUUUGGCUGCUGCAGAGGAGGGAGCAUCGUUGGUGGGACUGCGGUUCAACCCCGCUAAAUGUGCCACCCUGCACAUCGGUGCGGGAGCAGGCAGCGGGGUCCUACCGACGACCUUCCAAAUCCAGGGAUCGCCCGUUCGACCCCUUGCAUCCGGUGAGCCGUAUCACCACCUUGGCGUCCCGACGGGUCACUCGGUCGACCAAACGCCAUACACCGCCAUCGGGGGCGUCCUGGAGGACCUCGGCGCGGUUGACCGGUCUCUCCUUGCUCCGUGGCAGAAACUAGAGUUGGUGGCAACUAACAUCCUGCCACGGAUGGAUUUUCUGCUGCGGGGGGCCGCAGUUGAGAAGCGUCCUUUAAAAGCGGCGGACUUAGAGAUCCGCCGCAAGGCUAAGGCCUGGCUCAAUCUCCCGCAGAGAGCCAGCGCGGAAGUGGUCUACCUCCCUCCCAGCCGGGGGGGUUGUGGGCUGCUUCCGCUUGCUGACCUCGCGGAUGUCCUGUCCGUCGCGCACGCCUACCGUAUGCUUACGGCUGGCGACGAGACGGUCAGGACGCUCGCGUGGGCGUCUCUGCGGGGGGUUGUAGCCAGGCGCAUAGGAAGUCCUCCGACCAACGAGGACCUCGCGGCCUUCCUCUCCGGUUCGCAGGAGGGGAGGCUGCGGGAUGGGGGGGAACGCUCCCUGUGGUCGAGGGCCCGGAAUGCCGCGCGGAGACAAUCUGAAAGGUUGUCCCUUCGGUGGGUAUGGUGUGCGGCGACCGAGGGGCUCAUUGUCGAGUGCCGAGGGCCCAGGGGCGACGCGGUUAAGGUCCCACCUGGUGCUCGUAACCAGGUGGUGACUCGUCUGCGCUCAGCGGUGGCGGCUUUUUGCGCGGGCACGCUUUUGCGUAAGCCAGACCAGGGGAAGGUGUACGAGGUGUCGUCGCGGGCGGGUGUGAGCAAUCACUAUGUCCGCGGCGGCAGCUUUACCCGCUUCGCCGACUGGCGCUUUAUCCAUCGCGCCAGGUUGGAUGUCCUCCCCCUUAACGGUGCACGCCGUUGGGGGGAGGGGGACCGUAGAUGUCGGCGAUGCGGUGCGGCAGCCGAGACCCUUCCCCACGUUUUAGGUCAUUGCGGGAUCCACUCAGCCGCCAUUCAGCUGAGACAUGACGCCGUGUUGCACCGCCUCUGGAAGGCUUGUCGGAUGCCGGGGGAGAAACGGGUCAACCGGCGGGUCGAGGGCAUCGACGGGGAACUUGGUGAACUCCGACCGGAUCUUGUGAUUCGGAACGAGCGAACCAAGUGCGUCGUUAUCUGCGACGUGACCACCCCCUUUGAAAACCGCUGGGAGGCUUUCGAUGAAGCCAGGGCGAGGAAAGUUGCCAAGUACUCGCCCUUGGCUGAGGAGCUCCAGCGGCGGGGAUAUCGCGUCGUGGUGACGGCCUUCGUCGUCGGUGCCCUCGGCUCUUGGGACCCGAGGAAUGAGGCGGUGUUGAGAGUGCUUAGGAUUGGUAACGCCUACGCCUCUAUGAUGCGCCGCCUCAUUGUCUCGGAUACCAUUCGCUGGUCCCGGGACAUUUACGUGGAGCACGUGUCUGGCGUUCGCCAGUACGCCGCUCCUUCUCGUCCCUCGGCUGAGGGGGUGCUCGCGACACCUCCUCGCGCGAUUCGCCGGCGCUGGCCCACCAACGCGUAGGUGCGGCACUUCAGCGUUGUGGUUGUUUAUUUCGUUUGCGUGUAUGAAUGUCGCGUAAUUUAUAGCGUGCGUUGUCUUGCCCACCCCUUUUUAUUUUUGCGGGCUGAGUGAGCAGGGGCUUAGCCAUGUGCCGAGCCCCUCCUCGCUCCCCUGGUUUUAUUUUAUGACCCUCUUUUUAUUUUUAUAUUGCAUGUUGUGUGGGCCUGUCUGUUCGAGUGUGAAUGCCGCGUAUCCGAAUAUUGUAUUUUACUCGAGUGUGAAUGUGUCGCGAAAUGUUUUAAUUAUAUAUAAUAUUAGCCGCGUGCGCGCCCCCGGGCCCUUUUAAUCUACGACUUCUUAUCUGUGAUCGGCCCGGGGGCGGACUAUCUGUGAUUUAGAUAUGCAUUGCCCCGGUCUGCCAGCCGGGGCAAUUAUACUAUCAAAUU